AUGAAUACAAUAGAUAGUUUAAUAGAAAAAUUUUAUUGGAACUCAAUCUGUAAAACAAUAUGGAAAGAGAAUACAGAUCAAUUGGAUGAAAUUAUUGAUUGGAUCCAUUCAGAAGCGGUUGUAUUGAAUGCAAUUAUACAUAGUAAUAAUAAUAAUAAUAAUCUUAAAAUACCAUCAUAUGAGAAAGUGAUGAAAGUAAUUAAUUUUCUUAAAGAAAAUAAUUUUUGGCGUUCUCAUCCAUAUUCACUGAUUAUGAUUAAUAAUAGAAAUAAUAAUGAUGAUGAUAAAACUAUUGUUAAGCCAAAUCAUCAAUUAUAUAUGAAAAAUAUUAAAGAUUUAUGGGAAAAUAAUAAAAGAAUUCAAUAAUGAAUAUGAAAAAUAGUACAGUAAUUAAAUUGAUAUAAUGAAAAAAACUAUUGAGAAUAGAAAGAUGACCAAAAUAAUGUGUGUAUAUUACUUGCUUACUUAUGCCUGUUACUCCUAAUGGAGCAUAGACCGCCGACUAGCAUUCAUCAACUCAUUCUGUCCUGGGUCUUAAAUGUGUAUAUUGAUGAUUAGAUAAUUAAAUGUACUUUGUUUUUGUUUGGAAUAUUCCCAUUUGAUUUGUUAUUUAUGUAAAU